AUGUAUUGGCAAAGAUGGAGGAAAGGCAGUACAAAGAAUCAGAACAUCAACACUACACUCGCCAUCACCCAAUUUCAGUUGGACAGUGUUAUAUUAUUGAGUGAUGAGUCCCUUCAUGAAAUAACAAAGCACUCACAGUUCAUCCUGAGCAAGUUGACUGGUGCUGUGUUGAGAGAUUUUUCUGACAUAUUUUUGCCCGCCUGCAAUGAGACGAGGUCUUAUCAGUGCCCCCCUAAUUCCUGCAGGAAUCCGGUCAUUCCGGCGGAUUCCGGUGGAUUCCGGAGGAAUGAAAUUUGGCAGGGAGGCCUGCUAUUUUCACCAUUCCGGUGCCUUACCAUUCCGGCGGAAUUUGGGCAUUCCGGAAUUGACACCGGAAUGAUCCGCGGAAUGCACAGGAACGGAAUGCAACGGAAUCCGGUCCUUUGUUUGUUUGUUUUACUUCUGUUACCAAACAAAGGCAACGUUACCAAACAAAUUCAAGACAAUGCCUUUCCACCACCAUCAACCAUCCUCUUCCCCACCCCCACGACAGCCACGAUAAACCGACAACGCCACGCCAACCCACGACGACGACGACUCCACAACGGCGACGACCACCCAGCAACGAACGGCAACGACCACCGCCAGCGACGUGGCAGCCAAACGGACGACGACAACAACACCACCACGAUCCACGAGCACCUACCACGAUCCACGAGCGCCCACCACGACGACCACGCAAAUGCCGCAACGCCACGUCACAACGACGACAACGCGACGAACCCACCACCAUCCACGAGCGCCCACAACGACCACGCACGCCGCAACGCCAACGACGACGACGACGUUGACGUCCACGGCGCCCACGAAAACACCACGGCGCCCACGAAAACACCACAGCGCCCACGAAAACCACAGGCCGCCCACGAAACGACGCCUAACGCCCACAACGCAACGCCCAGCGGACACGACGCCAACGAGGACGACAACACGCGAGGACGACGACACGACGCGAUGACGCAUCGACGAUGCGCGCCAACGAGACCACUCCCUCCCCCUCCCCUGCUGCUCACAACUCCUUCCCUCUCCCUACUGCUCACCCACUACCCACCAUCCCCUUCCCCCUCCCUUACUCCCCCUCCUUUCCUGCUCACCACUCCCUCCCUCUCCCUACCCCCUUCAUUCCCAACCCCCUCCCUUCAUUCCCUACCCCUUUCAUUCCCUACCCCCUGUCUUCAUUCCCUACCCCCUGCCUUCAUUCCCUCAUUCCCUACCUCACCUCUUCCUCACUGCCCUCCCUUCAGUUUUUCUCCCCCCUCUAGUUCUUCAUUCCCCCCACUCGCCAGCACCCCUACCCCUCCACUCCUUCCCCCUCACUCCCUCCACUCCCUCCACUUUUCCCCUCUCCCUCCACUCCUCCCCCUCCCUCUAUCUAGAUUCAAUCUUAAAAAUCCCAUUCCUGUGGAUUCCGGUCCCAUUCCUGCGGAUUCUGGUCCCAUUCCUGCGGAUUCUGGUCCCAUUCCUGCGGAUUCUGGUCCCAUUCCUGCGGAUUCCUGUGGAUUCCUGUGGAUUCCGGCGGAUUCCUGCAGGAAUGGGAGGGGCACUGUAAAGUACUGCAAAACUGAUGAACAGAGCUUUUAA